AUGGCGUUCUCUGCGUCUUUCGCACCCAAUCAACUUUUUCAGAUGUGCUAUUCUGGGCUCAAAUUAAAAGAGAAGAGAUUAGCAUUUUUUACAGGGCACAAAAGAAAGGGUCGAAGUCGAUAUUUGUGGAUUGUCAAAUCAGUCUUGAAUGACAGGAGGUCUUCAAGUGUUAGCGACAAUGGGGCAACUGAACCUGCUAGGAUUCUUCUGGAGAGGUGGUUCGCGCAAACACAGAAACUGGAGGAACAGAUAGGCAGAGAUCCUCACUCGCCUUUAGUUUCUGAGUUAGGUUUGAAUCUCGGUAAGCUGGAAUCGGAUCUUCGGGUUGUACUGCUGGCCUUGAAGAAGAAAGAGGAAGAUUUACAAGAUGCAGAAAGGAAGGUAAUGUUGGAGUACAAUGAAAUUAAUCGUGCAAAAGAGGACUUAGAGAGGGGGGAGAAAGAAAUAGAAGCGGCUAGAUUGAAGCAGGAAAGGAUAGAAGAUGAGUUAAAGCAAGCUAAUAUAAGCUUAGCUUCGCAAGCUACUGAAAUUGGUGAUCUUAAGCUUCGUCUCAAGGAGACAGAUCAAGAGAUUUCAGCUGCUCAAUCUGCCCUAUCUAUGAAAGAAGAGGAAAUUAUAAAAAUGCAAAAUGAAUUGAUGAAGAAGAGUGAGGAAGCUGCUGAUGCUGAAUCAGAACUCAGAUCCAAGGCCCAGCUCCUGGAUGAAGCAAAUGAAAUUGUGAAAAAACAAGAAGCCGAACUCCAAGAACUCCAGAGAGCAAUUCAAAAGAAAGAAGAAGAACUAGAAGUUUCCAUGAGUAUGCAGAAAAUUGAAGCAGAGAAAUUGAAAAUUGCUGAGGCCAAUUUGGAGAAGCAAGCAAUGGAUUGGCUCAUGGUGCAGGAAGAAUUGAAAAAGCUUGCAGAGGAAACAUCUAAACAUUUUGGGGAAGCGAAUGGAACUAUGGAGGAGUUUGGAAGAGUGAAGAAGCUUCUUGCAGAUGUGAGGUUUGAGUUAGUUUCGUCUCAGAAAGCUUUGGCCUCCUCUAGACAGGAAAUGGCAGAUCGAGAACAGCAACUGGAAAAGAAGCUUCUUGAAAUUGAAGAGCAGAGGAGGAGUGUUAUGUCCUAUAUGACGAGUCUGAAAGAUGCGGAAAUUGAAGUGGAGAGUGAGAGAGUAAAACUUAGGGUUGCUGAAGCUCGAAACAAGGAGCUCGAAAGGGAUUUAUACUUGGAGAAAGAGCUUGUUGGAGAGUUACAAAAGAAAUUAGAUACGGAGAGAUCUUCCUUGCAACAAGCAAUUCAGGAAAUGUCAGCUCUACAGGAGGAGCUCGACCAUAAGAACAAUGAAUAUGGAGAGAAACAGUCUCUUCUUCUGGUUAAAGAGUCGGAAUUGGUGGAAGCUAGACUAGAGAUCCAGCAUUUGAAGUCUGAGCUUACCUCCCUUCAGCUUAUCUUGGAAGAAAAAGAUCUGGAACUCUCAAGUGCAAGGAAGAUGCUGGAGGACGUGAACCAGGAGAUAGAUGAACUAAAGGGGAUUAUGAACAGUAAAGAAAAUCAGCUUAUUCAAGCAAUGUCCAUGCUGGAGGAAAAGGAUGAACAUGUUCAGGCAAUGCAACAUGAACUGAAUGAUACAAAACAGAAGUUCUCUGAAGCUGAAUCGGCUUUGGAACGGAUUGUAGAGGUAACUAACGAAGUGGUUCUGUCUGUUAAGGAUGAAAAUUAUGAUGCUUUGAGUGGACUUGAUUAUACAUAUCACCAGUUGUCACCAGAGAAAUCAGCUGAUAGUUUUAAGUGGCAGAAGAAACAGUUUGAAACUGAACUCAACUUUACCCGAGAAAGUUUGAGAAUGAAGGAGAUGGAAGUUCUUGCAGCACAAAGGGAUAUCACCAUCAAAGACGAGGAGUUAAAGAUGGUUCUUGGCAAAUUGGAUGCCAGAGAGCAGGAACUAACAAAACUGAAGGAAGAAAUGAACAGAGAUCAUGAUGAACUGAAACAGCUUUAUGCUUUGGCACAAGAAAAAAUAGGUGAAAAGACUGUUGGGGACCUAGCAAUUGAGGAACUCCAGUUGGAAGCAGCACAACUGGAGGUUGAAGCUGCAACUAGUGCACUUCAUAAACUCACAGAAAUAAGUCGAGAGCUUCUAAAUAAAUCUAGUUUGAGCAUCGAUGUUGAUUAUGAUACCAUGUGUUUCGAGCGCAAUGGUACUGAUGGCAGUGUUUGUUCUGGUGAAGCUAAAGCAGAAGUUGCUCGACUCUUGGCUUUGACUGAGCAGCUUGUUGAUGAGGCCGGCAUUGUUGGUAGCGCGAGCUAA